CCUUGUGCUAGCUUGCUUGGUCUAGCACGAGUCGGUUUUGUAACUCGUACCUGCGCGCAAGCAGCGGCAGUCUACGGGUUGUAAUCACCAGAGAUUUGAGAAACAAAGACAAGAGGCACACAGAAUACGUAGGCUAUUGGGGCGUAACCCCCGCUGGACAGUGGACACACGGCCCUCCUGCGGCCCAGAUCCAACCAGCCGGCCUGCCUACACGCUAUUUGUGGAGCAUAAACAAACGUAGGCUAUUUAUCUUCCGUAACGCAAAGGGACUCCUAGUCUCCGAUCCCGAUCGGCUUAACCACAUACUGACAUAUACGGGGAAAUCCUUCUAUUUACUUUGGCCAGCCGCCAAGAGGCACCGGGACAUUGAUCCAUCGAUGGGUUCCUUAUUCUCUUCCACUGCCGGCGGCGACGGCGGCGCCGCUGCCUUUGAUUACGCCAACCCUCCCCCAGGCAGCCGUAUGUCAAAAGAAGAUAUCGUCGCCUUCCGAAUUUCUCAGCUUGUUGACGUCGCCCUUGAACAUUACAACUCCAACAACCCGGGUGCCGAGUUCGAGUAUCCUGAGUAUCCUCCCACCACGGAGAUGAACGCCGUCUGCGUCGGUUUUAGGGGAACUUUCUGGUACCACCUCGGCUUUUCGGCUCGCCCAGUGGACACCACCGCCGAGACGCAACACUUCUUUGCCGAGCUACAUUUUGAUAGACGCUGGUGCCAAAUAGCCGUUGAAACAUGCACUAUCUUAGAAAAGCCGUUGUGCCGCUUUAGAGCCUCGUGUGCAUUUUGUCCAGAUGAAUCCAAUAUCUUGCACCCAAGCAGUGCAGAUUUUUUCUGUGGAAAACAAGAUCACGAAAAAGAAUUCUUUCGCAAGAGAGAUAUGCUAGUGCGGCCAUUCAAUUCUUUUAUGACACCUCCUGAUAUAGAUAGCACCGACGAUCCAUGACUCAACUCAUAUGUUAUGGCCUAUGGAUUAUAGUUGUAAAAUAAGUAUGUUUUUCUUCUUGUGACUCAACUCAUAUGUUAUGGCCUAUGGAUUACAGUUGUAAAAUAAGUAUGUUUUUCUUCUUGACUCGACUCAUAUGUUAUGGCCUAUGGAUUACAGUUCUAAAAUAAGUAUGUUUUUCUUCUUCUUUUUAUCAUCCUUGUUGUUCAAUUUCGUUGACCACUAGAAAAAUAAAAACUGGUAUUUCAAAAUUUAAUGUGCACAAGAACAAGAACCAGAACUGAUAAGCAUGGGUGCAGCUAUAGCGCAUAAGACCAGCUUUUCUCUCUCUCUCUCUUAUUUCAGUGGUGUAAUUUAUGCUAUAUUUCACUCGGCCGAGACUUCCAAUAAUAAUGACUAGCUAGCCUUUUGGGUUGUGUUUGAAAAAGAGUCAUUCCAAGCUAGGUUGAAGAAGGCCCCGUCAAGACUACGAAGUUGGUUAUGCUUGAUUGUU